AUGGACGACGACGAUGCAACCAAGAACAAGAAUGAAGGAGAGUCCAUCGACCACAACUCUCCUCUCUAUCUACACGCUUCCGACUACCCGAAACAGAUGCACGUGAAUGAAGUGCUUACUGACAAGAACUAUAGCAAUUGGGAACAAGAGAUGAUGAAUUUCUUGUUCGCCAAGAACAAAACCGGCUUCAUCGAUGGCACGAUCAAAAGGCCAAAGGUGGAAUCCGAAAAAUACCUACCUUGGAUGCGUUGMGAUGYGAUGAUCAAAGGUUGGUUAACCACGRCUAUGGAGAAAGAGAUYCRYAAUAGUGUGAAAUACGCAAAAACAGCAACAGAAAUCUGGCAAGAUUUGAAGGAACGUUUUGGAAAGRAKAGUGCCCCCAAGGCGUACGAACUAAAACAGUYGUUGAACACCACCCGACAAGAUGACACAACCGUAUCAACCUAUUAUACUAGGCUCCGCGUUUUAUGGGACGAGAUGGAGUCAAUUCUUCCUACUCCUCGAUGUUCCUGUGAUGGCUGUUCGUGUGGGCUCGCAAAGAAACUGACCGAACUGAAAGAAAAGGAGAGGACUUACGAGUUCCUAAUGGGGCUUGAUGACCUAUUCAGCGUUAUUAAAACGCAGAUAUUGGCCAUGAAGCCGACACCAAAACUGAGCACCGUCUAUCACCUCGUGGCGGAGGAUGAGCAGCAACGUAUGAUCACCGCUUCAAAGAAACCCGUCCGCGAAGUAGCUGCCUUUCAAGCUAGUUUUCAAGGAAGGUGA